GCUUUGUGGGCAGGGCUUGAAUUUCUCGUAAUGUUGGUUGGAUAAGAGGAAGCAAUAUUUUCCCCACAAUUCAGACACUGACACGGACUAUCCGCUGGUCGUUUUUUCCCCCCACCGAGAGACCGAGGAAACUAAACCAUUUUGUCCGUUUUUAGGCGAGUGUUAUCGGCGGGCCAGAUGUCCAUUAUGAUGGAAAUGGAGGCGAUGCAUUCCGGCCAACAGAACAUGGACCUGAUCGACAUCCUGUGGAGGCAGGACAUCGAUCUGGGUGCCAGGCGUGAGGUCUUCGACUACAGCCACCGCCAGAAGGAGUACGAGCUGCAGAGGCAGCAGGAGCUGGAGGAGGAAAAGAGACUGCACCUCCUCCGGGAGAAGGAGAAGGCCCUGCUGGCACAGCUGCAGCUCGAUGAAGAGACGGGAGAGUAUGUGCCGCGUCCUCUGCCCACCGCCCCUCUGCAGUGUGCCGCCACGCCUCUGGAGAUCACACAGGAUGCCGAGACUUUAUCAUUUGACGAAUGCUUGCAGCUCCUCGCAGAGACAUUUCCCGUAGAGGAAACUGAGGAUGCUCCAGUCCGCCCGGACGCGACUGCAGCUGCUUCUACAGACUGCAGCAGCAGCAGCAGCAGCAGCCGAAGCGUCGUCAUGAUGUCCCCCGAGCAGCCAUCUUUGCCCUCACUCACACUGUCUCCUGCACCCCAGCCGCAGAGGAUGUCGCUUGAUAUGGAGCAGGCUUGGAUGGAGCUGCUGUCUCUUCCUGAGCUGCAGCAGUGUCUGAGCCAGCAAAUGGAGGACACGCUGGAGAUUGCAAGCUAUCCAGUGGCCGAAGCACAGGAGCCAAACUACACCUUUUACCCAAUGCCCAGUCUUGCCGACAAGGAAAAAAACACUUUAAAUGAUUUUAUUCACACAUUUGAUGGCUCAGUUCCCACCGUGCCGCCACCGGACAACCUGAGCCAAAUCAAGGCAGAAGCUCCCCCGUUGAACACCAAUUUCAGCCUAAAUAGUUUUGGCAGUAGUUUUUACCCCGCCGCCAUGUUGGAGGAGAGCGCCGGUCAGCCAGAUGUGGAGAGAGAGGAGUGCAACAUCAUGUCUGAUGUCCAAAACCUGUACAGCCUGUCCCCUGGCGACACAUUUGAACGAGGCAGACACACGUCUUCAGAAGUGCCGGAUGUGGACUCUGGAUUGUCUUCAAGUACGAGUCCUCGCACUUUCUCACCUGGGAAAUCUCUUUAUGGAGAUGAGGGCUUUGGUUACAGUGAUUCAGACCUGGAAGACAUGGACCAGAACCCCGGCAGUGCAGAAUCCGACUACUCUGAGAUGUUCUCCUUGAAUUUCCAACCUGACGACGUUCAGCAUGUCGUGCCUCUGUCCAUGUUAGUGGGCCAGCCUCAGAGCCAAAAGGUCAAGCUCCCCAAACUGGAGAAGAUGGAGCCGGCCGAGGAGAGCGGCCACAGCUCCGCCCCUUUCACCAAAGACAAGCGCAAGAGAAGCUCAGAUGUGCGUCUCUCCAGAGACGAGCAGAGGGCCAAGGCCCUCAAGAUCCCCUUCACCGUCGACAUGAUCACAAACCUUCCUGUCGACGACUUCAACGAGCUGAUGUCCAAGAACCAGCUGAACGAAGCCCAGCUGGCUCUGGUCAGAGACAUCCGCCGCCGCGGCAAGAACAAAGUGGCGGCCCAAAACUGCCGCAAACGCAAAAUGGAGAACAUCGUGGGGCUGGAGCACGACCUUGACUCGCUCAAGGAGGAGAAGGAGCGCCUGCUGAGCGAGAAGCUACGCAACAUGAGCGGCCUCCGAGAAAUGAAGAGGCAGCUGAACAGCCUCUACCUGGAGGUGUUCGGCAUGCUGCGAGACGAGUCCGGCAACGCCAUCUCCCCGUCAGACUUCUCGCUGCAGCAGUCCUCCGAAGGCAGCGUCUUCCUCGUCCCUCGCACUAAAAAGACUUUUAUCAAGAGCAAGACCACGUCUUCAGACCUUUCGGUGGCGCGGUACUGCGUUCAUGUAGAAGCACUAUGCAAUAACUUCCUCAGCUUUACGCAGCACUAGAACUAUUGUAUAGUUUCUUUCUUCUUCCUGUUGUAAUAUUUUUAUCUCUUUUGUACUCUUCAUAUGCUAUACCCCAUUCUCUGUACAUAGCCAUUACAUACAUUUGAGAUGAAUGCAAAUGUUACUGUAAGUGUAAAUAUACUGUAUAGAUAUUUGUUUUAUAACUAGACCCUAUGAUUUGCUGCGCAGGUUCUUUGUGCUUUUCAAUAAACCCUUCCUAAAGCUUUACAGCC